AUGUCAGACAGGCACAUCUUCACCUCGUCCGAGGGUCUCGUCGACAAGUCCCUUCGGGGCUUCAUCUCAUACAACCCCUCGCUCGGCCUGGACCAGUCAAACCGCGUCGUCUUCAACACAACGUACGACAGAUCCAAGAUCAGCAUCGUGUCCGGCGGCGGCUCCGGCCACGAGCCGGCAUGGGCCGGCUACGUCGGCAACAACAUGCUGGCGGCCUCCGUCUCCGGUGACAUCUUCGCCAGCCCCUCCGCGAAGCAGAUCCUGGCCGCCAUCGAGCGCGUGCCAUCAGACGUCGGCACGAUCCUCGUCAUCACCAACUACACAGGCGACUGCCUCCACUUCGGGCUCGCGGCCGAGAAGGCGCGGAGCCGCGGCCACAACUGCCGCAUGAUCAUCUGCGGCGACGAUGUCUCGGUUGGCAAGAAGGGCGGCAGCCUGGUCGGUCGGAGAGGUCUUGCGGGGCAGGUUGGCGUUCUCAAGGUCAUCAGCGGAGCGUCGGGCGCCGGUGCCGGGUCGCUUGAUGACAUUCACAAGCUCGGUGUCGCCGUGGAGUCCGAGAUCGUUUCCAUUGCGGCGACGAUGGACCACUGCCACGUGCCGGGCCGCUCAGAACAUGCUCGGCUCAACGCCGACGAGGUGGAGGUGGGAACGGGGCCGCACAACGAGCCCGGGUACAAGAAGGUCUCACCCAGUCCAUCGCCGGAGGCUCUGGUCGACCAGUUGUUGCGAUACUGCCUGGACCAAAACGACCCGGACCGAUCAUACGUCAAGUUCAGCCCCAAUGACGAGACGAUCCUGCUGGUCAGCAACUUUGGUGGCAUCUCCUACCUGGAGAUGGGCGCCCUGGUCGACGAACUCCUCGAGCAGCUCGACGAAAAGUGGAACAUUCGUCCCUCGAGGGUGUACUCCGGCCCGCUCGAGACCUCCCUUAACGCCCCCGCCUUCUCAGUCUCCCUCAUGAACAUCACGACAGCGUCCGAGAAGUGCUCCUUCUCGGCGGAGCAGAUCCUGUCCUUCGCCGACGUCAAGACCAACACGCACUGGGAGUCCAUGGCCGGGUCGCAGACCGUCAGGCGCGACCGCAAGUUGCAGUUUGUCACCUCCCCCCCCGAAGAGCCCAAGAAGAUCGAGGCCAGCAGGGACGUGAGGAUGGACCCGGCGACCCUCAAGUCCAUGCUGCGCAUGGCCUGUCUGGCCGUCAUCGACGCCGAGCCCGACCUGACGAAGUGGGACAUGGUCAUGGGCGACGGCGACUGCGGCGAGACCCUCAAGACGGGCGCCUCCCACCUCCUCGACGCCCUGGAGAACAGAGGGAUCGCCUCCGAGGGAUCCAUCGUCUCCGUUCUUCACGAGCUCGAGGAGAUUGUCGAGAGCAAGAUGGGCGGCACACUAGGCGGCAUCCUCGGCAUCUUCUUCGUCUCCCUCAGCAACUCCGUCCAGGAGCACGCGCACCUCGCGCGGUCGCAGGGCAUCCUGUCCCUCUGGACUCUGGCCCUCACGUCCGGCCUGGAGCAGCUGGGCCACUACACGCCUGCCAAGAUCGGAGACCGCACCAUCCUCGACGUGCUGAUCCCCUUUGUCUCGGCCAUCCGCGACGGCGGGUUCGAGCAGGCUGUCGAGGCGGCGGUCCAGGGUGCCGAGUACACGAGGAAGACCAAGGCGAAGCUCGGUCGGGCGACAUAUGUUGCCGUGUCGGAGAAGGAUACCACGUUCCAUCCCGAUCCCGGCGCGUGGGGUGCAAUGGUGGCCAUCAAGGGCCUGCAAUCGGGCAUGGCAUAG